CUCCUGCAUUACUUUUACUUACAUAUGAAUGUAUGUACAAGUUGGGGAGUACAACAGAUAAAACGACAACUUCUGGUGACAAAUAGACAAGUCUUGUUUCCAACUCAUUGCUGGAAUUGCUGAUGGAAAUUUGAAACUUUGCCCAUCAGUUAAAGUUUUGCGCAAUUUUAUUAAACCAUGCUGCGGAUUGUUAUAGUAGCAUCAUGUGCAUUAGCAGUAUUGUCACUGCUUCCGGUAGAAUUACGAGCCGCUCAAGUCAUAUAUAAAGUUGGCCGUCCAGAGUCAUUUGAAAGUGACAAUGAGAUUUCCGGAGAAGCACACAGUGAUUCAACUGGUGUCGGGUCAAGUCCUUCCUCCGAGACUCAAAAUAAGGUAGCUAUCCUCCCCCAGAGCACUCAACAGCAAAAUGUUAAAGCAGACAAGACCACGGCCUAUAAACCAAUAGUUUAUUGGCAUGGAAUGGGGGACUCUGGCUGGAAUGUGAAGAGAGCUUUGGGCUUCAUCGAGACGGAGUUGCCUGGAAUAUAUGUAAAAUCUCUUCAGAUUGGUGCCAACGUUGCAGAGGAUAUUGAGAAUGGUUACUUUUUUAACGUCAACACCCAAGUCGAAAUGGUCUGUGAGAUGAUAAAGAACGACACUGCAUUACAAGGAGGAUAUAACGGGAUUGGAUUAUCCCAAGGAGGACAGUUUAUGCGAGCAGUUGCACAAAGAUGUCCUGAGCCCAAGAUGUACAACUUAAUCUCGUUGGGUGGUCAACAUCAAGGAGUGUUUGGACUCCCCAAGUGCUCGGCUCCAAAAAAAGAAUGGUGUGAAAUCAUUGACAAGUUGUUGACCCAUGUUGCUUACGCUGGAUGGGUUCAGAAAUUCCUGGUCCAGGCAGAAUAUUGGCACGACCCUUUCAAGAAUGAAGAGUACGUGGCAAAAAGCGUCUUUCUCGCGGACAUUAACAAUGAGCGUGUGAUCAACGAGGCAUACAAGGAAAAUUUGCAAAAACUUGAUAACCUCGUCCUUGUACUGUUCCAAGACGAGUCAAUUGUUCAGCCCAAAGAAUCCGAAUGGUUUGGCUAUUUCAAGGACGGAUCUGACAAGGAAAUGAUUCCUUUAGAAAAUUCGACCCUAUUCAUAGAGGAUCGACUGGGGCUAAAAGCAAUGAAGGCUAACGGAAAGUUACAUCUUUUAUCUUCACCUGGGGACCACUUGCAGUUUUCCAAAGAGUGGUUUAUCACAAAUAUUUUAAAGCCUUUCUUAUCACAAUAGUGACUAAAUUAUUUCUACAUAAUUAUAAUAAUGUGUUAUCACAGUUCAAAUCUUUUAUUAUUUCAAUACUUCUUUAUAGUUUAUAUAAAAAACUCACGCCAUUUACUAUAAAUUUGUGUGUAGUACCAAGUUUUAAUGUAAAAACACUAAUAAUUUUGUAACAAAACCUCAGGAUAACAUCGUAAUAUGAAGUAAUAUAUAUAUAUUACAGAUAGAGUAACAAAUUUUAGUGCAUAAAUAAAUUCUGCAUUGUGGUAAGCUGCUUAUUUCA